GCCGGAACUUCUUUUAGCUUGGAGGGCAUCGGCUGAUCGGGCCUUACCAACAGCUUUCCCAGAACGUCACGAGAGGAAACGGCUGUAUCUCUCGGCUCAAUCCACGAUUACAGCAUCGCCGCCAUGGACAAGAUCCCGCUCAACUACGAGGCGUCCGAGGGCGAUACGCACAAGCGCCAGACGAGCACGCUGCCCAUCGAGGUGGUGCAAUGUCUCGAAAAUGCUCGAUUCCUUCACCUGGCGACAUGUACGGAUAACGUGCCCAACGUGUCCCUCAUGAACUACACCUACCUCCCCUCCUCGCCCUACUCGGCCUCUCCCGUCAUCAUCAUGACCACCAAUCCCGCCUCUCGCAAGACGACCAACAUCGUCACGAACCCAAACGUCUCUCUCCUUGUCCACGAUUGGGUCUCUCACCGUCCUCCAACCCAAGGCCGCCGUCUCUCCGGCGGAUCCCCCGGCCCCGAAACCCGCUCCAGCCUCGCCGCCCUGCUCCUCAACCUCAACACAUCCGCAAUGUCCAGCAUCAGCGCGACGAUAGGAGGCGCCGCGCGGAUAGCCCCCAUUGGCUCUGCCGAAGAGAAGUUCUACGUCGAGCAGCAUCUCGAGAACAACACCUUUGAAGAGGGCGUGCCGCUGUUCCAGCCGGCGACGAAUACCGACAGUAGUCGCGAGGGGGACCGCGCCGGAGGGCACUUUGUGGCCGGCGAGGAGGUGCGCGUCAUUGUGGUCGAUAUUCAGAAUGUGAGGAUUAGUGAUUGGAAGGGAACUGUGAGGGAUUGGGAGCUGGUUUCGGAUGCUCCGUUGCUCAAUGGCGGUGCUUGAUGAGGACCUCACCUUGCUGUAGUAGUAUUUGCAUAGGGGCUGUAAUUAUAUCAUUCAUAUUUUGAGGCGUAGUUUGGGCAUUGGGAACGGAUAUGACGCAAAUAGUCAAGAGUUUUAAAAAGAGGAAAAAGAAGAAAAGAAGAAAGCUGGUGAACUCGAUGCGUCUGUGAAAAGUAGUCGGCUGCAUAGCACGCUUGCUCAUAUUUACCUCAUAUCUUCAUUCGCUUUUGCUCAUUGUCAACAAG